AAUUCGGGUCAGUUGCGCGUCCAGCUCCCAGCAGUCCACGUAUCGUAGUUCUUGCUUUCUACCACCAUAAACCUUUGCGGCCACGCGAAACGAAAACUCCAUGUUUUGGAGAUUCGGGCUGUACCACUCGCUCGACAGCCUCCUGGACAAGGAAGAUGUCUCGCUCGAAGAAAUACUAGACGAAGAUGAACUGCUUCAGGAGUGCAAGGAACAGAACUCAAGGCUUAUAGAUUAUUUCCAGCGGGUGGACGUCUUGCAGAGAUUGCUCGGGUACGUGACGGGGCAGAUAGAGUGCGAGGAGAAGGGCCGAUUCAAGUAUCCGUAUGUUGCAACGGAAGUAUUGUGCAGCGAGAUAUGGUCCAUCGUAGAGACCUGUCUUAAUAAUUCUGACCAACUGCUCGUGCCCUUCUGGGAGACCGUCCUCGACCGGCCCCCGGAAGAGAUGAAGACGCAAAUGGUCAUGGCCUCGCACUUUGCCAAAAUCAACGCAGUCUUCCUGAACAAAAAGCCCGUCGAGAUGCUCGCGUUCAUCCAAUCGCAACCGCACAUCGUCGCGCGCCUCCUGCGGCACAUUGAGGCGCCGUCCUUCGUCGACUUGCUCGUCCGAAUCAUCCAGCUGGACGAGCACCCCGCGUGCGGCGGCGUUCUAGAAUGGCUUUCGGAAGAGAACCUGAUGGGUCGGUUGGUGGACCUCAUGUCGCCAUUGCAUACUCCCGAUAUCCAUACCGUGGUCUCGGAACUUAUCAAGGGCAUCAUAUCAAUGGCUGCACCGUCCCCAGGCGCAGGCCUCACGGAAGGUCUACAGAACGGGCCCGCGUCGAACCUUUUCGCUCGCCAGCUCGCUCACGCGAGCAGCAUCUCAAAACUCACUGACUACAUCUUAAGUGACUUCGGGUCGAAGGGUGGGGAGGACAGCAAGUUAGCAAACGCCCUGCAAUCAACGAGUAGUUCCAGUUUGAGCAAAUCCGAGGACAGCGAAGUACCAUCUAUAGACGACGAUGAAGUCCUACCGAACAAGGAAUCCCACACCUCCUCCGUCGUCCAGUCAAUUUCCAUCAUCAUCGAGCUGAUCCGCAAGAAUAACUCGGACUACUUUGAGCCAUACCUCUUCCACACGCUACGCAACCGCCUCAUCACCUUGCAGCAGCAGCUCCCCGCGAACCCGGACGAAUCGCGCGAAAUGCUCGAGCGCGCGAUGCGUGAGAUGGUCGACCGCAUGGGCGUCGUGCACCUCGGCUCCGUCCUCGAGAUUACUUGCAACCGCCUCGAUGAGUACCAGAUGUAUCUGGACAGUCCGCGAUCCCUGGAAGGCCCGAUGCUGCUGACGGUCGGGACGAUCGCGCCGCUCACGUUCGAGCGGUACCGUAUCUGCGAGCUCUAUGCGGAGCUCCUGCACUGCUCUAACAUGUCCCUAUUGAACCGGCCGCCGGAGUACAACCACAUCUACGACGCGGAGGGCCGCUUGCAGGGCGGGCUCCCGGCACUCGAAGAGCUCGCACGCGUGAUAGCGAUGAGCAACGGUGACGACGGCGACGGCGAUGCGAUGGACGAGGAGAAGGAGGAGCUGGAGCCCGCGCAGGAGCUGCCCAUCUCGAACGCGUCCCACGAGUCAUCGUCGGUGCUGGAUUCGGACGAGGAGAUGGAUGAUGAUUCGGAUAAUGAUGCUAUGGAGGAAAUUGCUAUGUCGGACGAGCCGCCGUUUGCGGUGUCGCCACCGCCGACCGCGCCUCUCAGUGCUUCUCCGUCUACCACAGCACCGGCCUCGACUGAGCCACAGCUGGUGUCUGCGCCGCCCAGGAAGAAUUCGCUGACGCUCACAGCUGAUUCGGACAGCACGAGUAGACCUCGGUCGAGUAGCUCGCGCAGGAGUCUAAAACGGUCGGCUACCCUUGACAGUCAACCGGCUCCCCCGCAGCCAUUGCCCAUUGGGGAGAGACUGAAGCAACAGUUCUUGGAGAAGAAUGUACUGUCAAAGAUGCUGGACUUGUUCUUUGGAUUCCCGCUGAAUAAUUUCCUCCACAGUGUGGUGUAUGAUUUCUUGCACCAGAUCCUGACAGGGCGGGUAGAUGAAGGUAUGAACCGGGAGUUGACCAUCUCGCUCUUCCGGGACGUGAGGAUCAUGGACCGUAUCCUCGAGGGCCAGCGGAGAAAUGAUGUUGAAGUCGCGAAGCCGAAAGGCGUUCGGCUUGGGUAUAUGGGCCACCUUACCCUCAUCUCGGAAGACGUGAUAGGUGCACUGGAACAUUAUCCACCAGACUUGCGCGCCGUCAUCCGUAGCUUCGCGCCGCAGCCUGCAUGGGACGAGUAUGUAUCGGGCCGCUACAUCGAGACAAAGAAGAAUGAUACGUCCCUCUUGGGUGGCGGUAAGCCGGUCGUCGGUCCCGGAGCGCCAAGGGCUGGCCCUGGAGCUCGCUGGAAGGUGGAUGAGGCGGAGGGUGCAACCACCCAGGUCGAAGCCACAGAGACGGCUGACGCUGGCGUUGGCGGGUCGGAAUCGGAUGUCAAGGAGGAGCCCUUGCGGAAGCCCUCGGGUUCAAGGCGGGAAGGCAGCGACGACUUCGGCACGGCCUUCAUGGAUGAGGAUGAGGACGAUCAUGGAGCUGCUCCACCGCAGUUUGCCCGCUAUCUAGCCCAAGAGAUGCAGUCUUCAAAUCACUUCGGAUCUGCCUCCUCAUCGGACGGUAGCGACGAGGAAGAGGAUGAAGGGGGUUGGCUGGCACAGUCGACCUUCAGCCUCGGUGCCCCUCCUAGCGGCCGGCAUGACGAGAACAAUCGAACACCAUUAGAUAGGAACGGAUUUGAGGAUGCAUUUACUCCACAGGGAGGCUAUGAUGAUCCUUUUACAGAAGAGGACGAUGCCUUCGGGCCUUUCUCGGACACUGCUGCUGCCAGCGGCGCAGACCCUUUCACCUUCGCAUCUUCCUUCAGUGAAGAGAUAGAGCAUGCUUCGUUUGAGGACUUCGGUGACUUCGGCGACUUCCAGGCUGCAACCGAGGGCGACGGGGAGCUGACGCCUACCGCGGGCAGCUGGUCGUUCACAAGUAAUUCAAGUGCGAGCUCAGAGCCUGGUGUCCUUGAAGACGGGGCAGGUGGGGAUUCAUCCAAGGAGCGCGCUGAACGGAAAGCCUUUGAGGAACCUCGGACUGCCCUCACUAAUGAUCAACAGACGUUGAAAUCUUCAUGACUUUCGCUUUCCUACCUGUAUCUAUGUAUGUAAUAUCCGUUACCUUGAAGCUCGGCGUGGCCGGUACCCUUUAGACUUCGUCACAAUACCUCUUCGCAGAGCUUAUCUUGCGUUGUGGGUGGACAUAGCCCG